GCAGGAGUCAGUCUCGAAAAUGGCCGACGCUCGAUAGCGGGCAGGGCGGACUCGCAGCGGAUUUUUGUGAUUACUGAAUGAUAUUACUUCUACCGAGUGCAUAAUGUGGUGCAAAGAGCUCUUGAAUGGUGGCUGUGUGAGGUGGAUCCGUCCUCUGAAAGCUUAGGGAUCGAAUAUGAGGGUGAAAAUAGCUCAGAGGUUAUAGCAUGAUCGUGGGAGAGUCGAUGGUGAGUCGAUUAACGAAAGGCUUGUUUCGGGAGAGUUAAGAAAAAGGAAAGAAAAGGGGGGAAAAAAGAGAGAGAAAUUACGAUUCGACACCCUCCUCUAGCCAUCCAACAUGUGGAAUAUGAUGUGUGACGUGAUGCCCACCAUCGCUGAGGACAGCAUCUCUCAGCGGGGCUCCCAAUUCAGCGGAGACGACGCCAACUUCGAGCAGCUGAUGGUGUCGAUGCUGGACGAGAGGGACAAGCUGCUCGACACCAUCAGGGAGACGCAGGAGAGACUCAGCGAGAUCGAGACCAAGUACCAGGAGCUCGAGAAGGAGAGGGACAGCCUGCAGAGACAGCUCGACGCCAAUCUCCCGCAGGUAAGCAACAUGGCGGCGAUCCUUGAUGGCUCCGGGCAAGGAGGAAGGUGGUGGUGGUUCGUGUAGGAUCCCCUCGCCAAGGAUGAGGUAAGUCCCACGGGGUCCUCGGAUGA